CGGUAGGUCAGGGGUCGCGGGGUUCCCUCCACAUCCGUUUCGGUGCCGAAGCCCUUUUUGCGGGGUGGGCGCGGAGCCCGCUGGGAAGGGAAAUCAUUUGUAUAAUUUGCGGUAACCAUGCUGGCAGCAAGGCUAUUCUGUCUGCGGGCACUGCCAUGCCGAAAUCUCCGUCCUGCCCUGCCUUGCCCUCCAGCUCUGAGAAAUUCCAGCAUAAGGCCAAGUCAGUGGCUUUGGCAGCAAAACCAGGGAUAUGUCACCAAAACAAGAAUCGGUAUACGGCCUAGAAAAAGUGGGCUAGAAAUCAAAAAAGCAGCCUUCGAACCGUCAAUGGAAACUGCUUUUAAAGUGACUCAGAUGGGAAGAUGGGUUGUCGCUGGAGGGGCAGCUGUUGGCCUUGGAGCUCUCUGUUAUUAUGGAUUGGGGAUGUCAAAUGAGAUUGGAGCUCUUGAAAAAGCCCUUAUUUGGCCUCAGUAUGUGAAAGACAGAAUCCACUCUACCUACAUGUACUUUGCAGGAAGCAUUGGCUUGACAGCAGUAUCUGCUGUAGCAGUCAGCAGAUCUCCUGCACUCAUGAGGCUCAUGACAAAGCGAUCUUGGCUGGCAAUAGGUGCAACAUUCGCUGCUAUGAUUGGUGCUGGAGCGCUGGUUCGGUCAAUACCCUAUGACAGUAGUCCUGGUGCCAAACACCUGGCCUGGAUGUUGCAUUCAGGUGUCAUGGGUGCAGUGGUGGCUCCUUUGGCCUUCUUGGGUGGCCCUCUACUGAUCAGAGCUGCCUGGUACACAGCAGGAAUUGUUGGAGGUCUCUCUAUGGUGGCCAUGUGUGCACCAAGUGAGAAGUUUCUGAACAUAGGAGGACCACUAGGAGUGGGCGCAGGCUUCAUUGUUGCAUCUUCAAUUGGAUCUAUGUUUUUGCCUCCUACUUCAGCACUUGGUGCUGGCCUAUAUUCUGUAGCAGUUUAUGGUGGAUUGAUACUCUUUAGCCUGUUCCUGCUGUAUGAUACACAACACAUUAUUAAACAUGCAGAAACUCAUCCAUUUUAUGGAGUAGUAAAAUAUGACCCCAUCAAUGCGUGUCUGGGCAUCUACAUGGAAACACUGAACAUCUUUAUCCGGGUGGUCGCUAUGCUUGCUACUGGGAAUGCAAAGAGAAAGUGACUUUUUUCUUUGCAACUAUCUGAUCACUCACCAAACACUUCUUAAGUCUUCUAUCCAAUAAAAUGUGAUAUUGUAUAGUAAGCUCAUACAAAUCAGCUUGAAGUAUUUCAGCAUCCUUCUUGUGUUACAGUACAGUGUGAUUCAGAAUUAAUAGUAUUUUUCUUCCCCUCAAGAACACAUUUCUUAGUUAACUUGUGGCUUUAAAAAAAAAAAAAAAAGAAUUUGAACUAGUACUUUCAAAUAUGUACAUAUUCUCAAAAUUAUGUUCUAAAUAUAUGCAACCAAUAUGAA